GGUUUGAGCAAGCUGUGAUUGCACAGCGUCGCAUACGCUCGUCGCACUUGCUCUCCCGUUGGGUGUACAAAACACCAAACGAGUUCGCCUUGUUUCUUCGACCCAGCUGGACCGGGCUCCAAAGUUCAAUCGCGAUCGUUGGCGUGCGGUGCGGUACGAGUGGGGAUACUAUUGAUUGAUAAAUGUGAUACGCUGGAGUGUGGAGCAAAGUGUUCGGUUGCUUUAGUCAAUAGCUCGGGGUCGUUGCUCUAUGCAUGUAAACAUCCGUACCGUAACUGUAGUGUAGCACCGCGGUCAACCCAUCACCACCACCAGCGCUGCCGCUUCUAACACUGAAACAGUUCAAGCGCCCAUUAGGCGGAUCACAACAAAGAUGAAUCGGGAGAGCAUUUACUACCUUCCGGCGGAUAGCACGGAAAGUACGUUUUGCUACGAUGAAGACCGCCCCGCGUUGCCUUUGCCAAAGCUGGACCAUACGCUCAAGCGCUAUUUCGAAUCGUUGAAACCGUUCGGGACGGCCGAAGAGCUGGAAAAUACGAAAAAAAUCAUCGAGACCUUCCGCAAGGGCGUUGGUGCGAAGCUGCAGACGAUUCUGGAAGAGAAGGCAGCGAAGGAAAAAAAUUGGGUCGACAAAUGGUGGGAAGACUACGCGUACUGCACCUUGCGCAUGGCAUUGAUUCCCUACUGUGUGAUGGUGCAACCGUUGCUGCUGGAUGCCGUCGGGCUGGAGGCGAUCCCGGAAAACUUUCUCAAAGGCCCCGCCACUUGUUUGCACCACAACAUGGUGUUCUGGAAGCUGCUGCGUACGGAACGGUUGCGACCCAUCGCCAGCGCCGAUAAGAAAAACGUUUUUUCGGCCGAUUUGUAUCGGCGACUGUACAACACCGUCAGAACGCCCGGGCUUGAAAUGGAUAAAGUGGAAAGUUACUUCCGGACGGAAAGGGAAGGUCCCUGCCCAUCGCACAUCAUUGUGCUGUACGGCGGGCGCAUCUUUAAAAUUCCCGGUCUCGAUAGCGACGGAGAGCCGUUGCGGCCGCAAGAUUUCCUGUUCACUUUGCAGCAGAUCCAGGUGAGGGUGGAAGGUACCAGUGUCCGGCAUGCGGGCGUACCGGCCCUAACGAAUGACGAUCGUACGUCGUGGGCUCGCAACCGCCAACACUUGGUAGAGCUUUCGUCACGCAAUAAGAGCAUGGUGGGCGAAAUCGAGCAAGCGGUCGCGCUGAUGAUACUCGAUACACACUGCCCGAAAAACUAUUCGGAUUUGGCACAGCUGGCCUUAACCGGCGAUAUACACUCCAAAUGGACGGACAAGAGCUGCGGUACGAUCGCGUUCAAGAACGGCCAGAUGGGUUGUUACGGUGAGCAUUGUUGCUACGAUGGGUCGAUCUCGAUGUCGAUCAGUCUGUACGUCAUGAUGAGCAUCGCGGAGGAGGGUGUACCGGAUUGGGACGUUCCGGCGAAGAGUUUAAUCUUACCGGAGGAGUUGAUUUUCGAUCUGGAUGACACGCUGCGCGGAGAAAUCGCUCGAAUGGCAACCGUUAUCGAUGAAAUGCAAAACUGCGUUGUCGUUUCGAUGGAUCAGUUCCAGGACUAUGGGAAAGCGUUCAUGAAGCAGCACAGGAUCCAUCCGGAUGCGUACGUGCAAACGGCACUGCUGCUCACCUACUACCGGCUGCAUGGAACCUUUGCCCCGACCUACGAAACGGCCAUGAUGCGCCAGUACUACAAAGGGCGUACGGAGACCUGCCGCUCGUGCAGCAUUGAGGCGGUCCGGUUCCUGGAGGCGAUGGAGAGUUCGAGCGCGACUGACGUCGAAAAAGCGAAACUGUUCAAGCUGGCCGCCAGCAGACAGAUGGAGCUUAUGAACGAGGCAAGAAAGGGGAAUGGCAUCGAUCGGCAUCUGUUCGGGUUGUGGUGUGCCGCGUACGACAGCGGCAUACCGAUUCCGGAGCUGUACGACGAUCCGCUGUACAGCAAGAGUGGCGGUGGUGGGAACUUCGUUCUGUCCACCAGCACGCUCGGCUACACGAUCAACUGUGGCUACGUUGCACCGAUGUGCAUGGAUGGUUACGGUUGCUUCUACACCAUGCUGGAGGAUUGCAUUUGGGCAAUCUUUUCGGCGUACCGCGACAGUACCGUCACCAGCGGCCACAAGUUUCAGCAAACAUUCCACCAGGUGAUGGUCGAUUUAAAAAAUCUUCUAGAGCGGUGCGAGCUACCGAACAAGCUUUAAGCCGUGCUGGAGACGAACUGGAUGGGAAGGUGUGGGAGCAAAUUGAAGAAACACACGGGCGGUGGGACAAUUUAUAAGGGUUUAAAAAGUGACCAAAGGUCAAAAGGGUAUUGUGGUUUUAUUACUGCUGUUUGUAUUCAUCACAUUUAAAAUGAAAAGCGCAUCUUGUAUUACAGUGUA